CGGUUUUGCUCCGUCACAGUCACAGGUCAUUCCUUCCUCCGCGCUGUCAGCAGCUGAAUACGCCUUUCAAAUUCGGUACUCAUUUUAAGUAGUACUGUCACUUCUCUCACACACUUUUAUAUUUAUUUCUUUUUUAAAGUUUUUAAUCUGACGUUAUUGUGUGCUGUGGGACGUAUGUCCAGCGGGACGUUCGCUCGUUGUGUUUUUUACGCCUUCAGUUGGGAAAAAAACAGCGGGGAAGAAAUGUCCGGCUGAGGAGCAGUCUUGAAAACUACUCGGGCUGUUGUGGGAAUGACUGAUCAAUGCUGUCACUAUGGCAUUUAAGGCACAGGUUUUAUACGAUUUCACAGCGGAGCCUGGAAACGUUGAGCUGACAGUGAAGGAGGGCGAGACGAUCACCGUCACAAACGCGAAUAUUGGAGGCGGCUGGAUUGAAGCUCAGAACUCCAGGGGGGAAACUGGAUUGGUGCCCGAGGAUUACAUUGAGUACAGUAAUCAGUUUUCUGGAACAGCAGGAACUGCUGCGCCUCCUGCAAACGUGGGAAAUGCUGCAGUCCCUGACCUCUCUUUCUUCGAUGAAUUUGCACCUACAUCAACAUCUGCACCAAAACAGGUAGAUGCUGGGGGUUUGAGCCCCCAGCUGGACUCCACUGACACCCCAGUUCCCCCCAUUCUUUUGGCCCCCGAGGAGGCUAGUAACGGCAAUGAUCCGUGGUCGGUGUGGAAUUCAGACCCCUCAAGGGGCUCCAACAAUAACUGGGCACCCAGUGCUGAGGGGAACCAGACAGGAAGGAACGCUCCAGAGCCCUGGAGCUCCGGGACACACAGCCACCCUCAGGCUUACCAAGGCCCAGACAUCUACCCAUACCUUAUUGAUCACACAGGGGCAGAAGAUGAUGAGUGGGACGACGAAUGGGAUGAGAUGAAGUCCACCAGCGGUUACUCAGAACCAGGAGAAGGUGGAGCAAUUCAGAGGGGUGGAACGCAUGCCUCUUCAAUGAAAAUAUCUCUCAACAACAGGUUUCCAGGGUUCUCCAAAUCUGGUCCAGAGCUCUUCCUCCUUUGCAAGCAAGCUGCCAAAGGCAAAGAGAAAAUAUCCAUUUAUUUGGGAGAGGUUGGUCCCGUCUGGUUUUACCCAGAAGCCCAGCUUGACUGUAUUGUAGCGGAUCCAAAGAAAGGUUCAAAGAUGUACGGUCUCAAGAGCUACAUUGAGUACCAGAUAACACCAAAUACCACAAACCGGCCGGUUAAUCACAGAUACAAGCACUUUGAUUGGCUCUAUGAGAGGCUCCUGGAUAAAUUUGGCUCUGCCAUCCCAAUUCCUUCUUUACCAGACAAGCAAGUUACAGGCCGUUUUGAGGAGGAGUUCAUUAAGAUGCGAAUGGAGCGGUUGCAGGGUUGGAUGACCAGAAUGUGCAGACACCCUGUUGUAUCCAGCAGUGAAGUGUUUCAGCUCUUCCUGUCCUACAAAGAUGAGAAGGACUGGAAGAUGGGGAAGAGAAAAGCAGAAAAGGAUGAGACGGUUGGAGUGAUGAUCUUUACCACAAUAGAGGCUGAGGCUCCAGACCUGGAUCUUGCAGAGGUAGAACAGAAAUGUGAGCAGUUCAGCAGGUUUACCAAAGCCAUGGAUGAUGGCGUGAAGGAGAUCCUCACAGUGGGAAACGAGCACUGGAAGAGAUGUACAGGACCCCUGCCAAAAGAGUACCAGAGAAUCGGCAAAGCCUUCCAGAACCUCUCCUCUGUCUUCACCAGCAGCGGGUACCAAGGUGAGGCAACUCUGACCGAUGCCAUGACGGCAGCAGGGAAGACGUACGAGGAAAUCGCUCAGAUCGUGGCAGAGCAGCCCAAAAAGGAUCUGCACUUCCUAAUGGAGACCAACAAUGAGUAUAAGGGUCUUCUCGGAUGCUUUCCAGACACUAUUGGAGUCCAUAAGGCAGCCAUUGACAAAGUGAAGGAGGCUGAUAAGCUGGUGAACACCAAUAAAAUCACUGCUCAGGACAAAGUGACCAUGGCUAAACGGGCCAGCACCAUGUCUUAUGCUUUGCAAGCCGAGAUGAACCAUUUCCAUAGCAACCGCAUCUACGACUACAACAGGGUCAUGCAGCAGUAUCUGGAGGAGCAAGUCAAGUUCUACGAGACGAUUGCUGCAAAGCUGAGGCAUGCGCACAGUCAGUUCACUACCAUGUGAAGGCGCACUACGAGACAGGAAGUUCAAGCAAGUUCGUCAUCUGCAACAUUUUUGCAUAGAUGGCAUUCUGUGCUCCCCCCUUCUUUAAUUUAAACUUCUUCCAUCAGCAGUUGCAGCUCCUGGAGCUGGGUUGCAGGAUAUGACACGUGAAUUUCAUGAAUGCUUUUCUCUGUCCAACAUCCACAACGUUUAAAACAGGAAGUUUACACCCUCUGAGUGGCUCCAUCCUAAGAAGUGAGCCACAGUUUAUCACCACAAUAAAGCAUUACAUCUGACUUUUAUCUGGCAACAUUUAGCUGUUUUUAACUACGAAAGGAGGGAUGUUGGUCAGUACUGGUAACUUUAAUCCAAAACCAAAGCCGUCCUUCUGUAGUCGGGGAACAGCCGGAAGUUUGAUUCACAUAGGAAGCCUUAACUUUAUAUAAAAGCUUUACUGUAUGUGUCUUUGAGCUGCCUCUGUGAACUUGUUGACGUUCACAGAAGCAGAGGUGCCUUUCUCUGACUGAACAGAGUCCAUGCGUUUCCUCCGCAUGUCCACUGCUGGCAGUGCCUCACCCCCUUUCAGCCCCGCACUUCCUCAAAGGCUAACAGGAAGCUCCACCUUUUUCCUGAGCCAGCCACACGUCCUGCUGAUCAGAAAACUGACAUUUCAAAUUUAGUACAAUGUUAUGCAACUUUACGUUUUAGGUGACGAAUCACAAAUGAAGUCCACAUUGGAGGGUUUUCUCCUUUGACAUGGUUGGUGAAUCAGAUCUAAGGAUUUUCAUAAUAAUCUUCCUAUGACCCCCCCCCCCAAAAAUUCAAAUCUUACUCUUUUUUUAUUUUGAGCAGGUUAUUUUGAAGACAAAGGUGUAAACAGAGUGGUCACUUAUGUAUUUUGUCACUUGUGAAGUUUGUUUUUGUGCUGCAGCACCCCGUUUCCAAUCAGCCUCUAAUCCCCUUUACUUGUUCUGUGUGCUUUUUGACCUGUUAAAGUGCUUCUUAUGAAUAAGAUAUUUUAUGUAUAGAAGUAUUUGCUAUGGGGGGGGGGGGGG